AAGGCAGAGAGCUCAGGUGUGGAUUUGCAUAGCGCUCCUGUCUCCAUGGGACAUUUGCCCUGAGAGCUCAGAAGCCACAGAGCUCAGUGCGAGCGAGGAGCGCAGCCGGGUAGCAGUCCUUCAUCGCAGUCCUUCAUCACACAUUAGCCUAAAGAGAGACAGAGAGUGAGGGGGCAGAGAGAGGACGAGUUCCGCCGGACAGCACCGCAGAUCCACACGGGAUUGACCUGAGGGGGACGGAGGAAAAAACUAAUCCAGACCUGAUCCACUCAGCUCCGAACGGAAAACUUUACACGCUCCUGCUGUGAGAGGAUCGAAGUGGAGGCCUCCGUACAAAAUGUCUAAACAGCCAUCAACAAAUGUAAAAGCUUUACAGGCCAACCUCAAUAUUCCGAUGGGAGCUUUGCGUCCGGGAGCGGGACAUCCUGUGAAGAGGAAAGAGGAGACACAGGACACAGAGGAGGUACCGGCCGUCACUCCGGAAGAAAAGAAGCCGCUUCCAGGUGCUGUGAAACUUCCAGGGCCGGCGGUGAACCUUUCCGAGAUCCAGAAUGUCAAAAGCGAGCUCAAAUGGGUCACUAAAGACUAGAGUCACUCAGGUGACCCCGCCUUGCUUGUAUAAAGGAAGGAGACAGACAGCUCUACCAGCUUGACCUAUUCCAUUACUGAUCCUCUAAGACAAUCUCCAUCAACUCACAAUCAUCCAGCUACUGAAACCCAGACGUCCUUCAAUCAAAUGCAAUAACUUAAAGGUUCCCAUCCCCUGCAGCCUUCAUAGCAAAGUUUUUUCUGGUUCAAGAACAGAUUCGAGGCACAUAAACACCCCAGACUGCGGUCAUCCCACUCACUUGUAAACCAUGCUCUAGAACCCAGAUCAGAUCUGGUGCUGAAUCUCAGCCACCUCUAAAACUCGAUACUGCACAAAAUGAUGGCUCAGGCUAUUUUGGCAGAUUAGAGCCGCAUAGCAGCCAUGUUAGUUCCAAAUCCAUGCCAGCGGUCAUCUCUAAUAACACACAGACUUCUCCACAUGCGUUACAACGGCAUAACAGUACCAAAGCUCAGCCAUUAGUCAUCGCUAAUAUUUGCUCUUUAUCUGGUUGCAUCUUCGGGAUCAAAUGUAAGCCAUCUCUCAGCCUGGACACUGGGAAGAGAACUGCCUCAGAACCAUCUGGACUUAGUUUUCUAGAUUAGAACACUUUAUUGUCUGGACUAGUCCCACAUCUCAGCCAGAGGUGGCUAUUGGAGCUGCAGACAUAAGCAAAAACCAGUUCCAAAAUUUGGUACCAAGAUUCAUCCAUCUCUAGGCUCAGGUAGAGAAACUUAUGACUGGUUCUCCAUCUGAGAGCUGCAUAACAGCCAUUACAGUAGAACAUCCAUACCUAUUCAUCUACCUUACACAAACCCAAACCUGUUAGUUAAAUUUUAGGCAUUGUUAGGCUCAGAACCUGUAAAGAAUGAUGAGAUCUAGAUUAGUGUGACUCUCAGACCAGGUACUGCAGACAAUAGUCCAAGGAUGGUUCAGACUGUUUCUCCAUCUUAAAUCUUAGCGUAUCUUUGAUUAACAGAACCAAAUCCCAACAAACAGUCAUUACUGUACUCUGGACCAAGACAUCACAAAGAAUGAUGGCCCAAAAAAGACCCAGGAUUGGUUGCCAGUGAAUGAAUAAACAGGACGGUCAUCUCAGGGUCAUACCUUCUGAAACUUUUUAAAAAUACAAAUCUUAGAAACCUUAAAGAACAUCUAGAUUUGAGCUCCUUUCAGUCUUAGAGGUACCGAAUCCCAGCCAGCAGUCAUCAUUGUACUGAAAUGCAGCCAUCUCUUGACCCAGAUACCGCAAAGAAUGAUGGCUCACGAUGACUCCGAAUUGACGACCAGAUGGAGCAAAAGCAACAGGGCCAUGGCAGAGCCAAACAAAUCGCAAGCAUUUUGGACGCAUCCCCAAUCAGCCCACAUGCUGUUUACCAUCAGAGACAUGGCGGCAUCAACGCCAGACACGGCGCCAUGCCGACUCCAUCACCCCUGACCUGAUGACGCUUUUUGACCAGAUAAUUUAGCUAUGUAGGUAUUAAAGCACACAACCUGAUAGCAACCAUAAACUGCACAAUUUACACAAGACUUCUGUUCUCUUUUGUAUCUCCUGUUUGAAAUCUAAAGUGUGUGUGUAUUUUAGACGUGAUUCCAUAACAGAUCUACAAGCUCCUUUGCUGCCACGUGUGAAGUCACAUAUCUAAAUCCCUUUUAUAGAGCAUGAAUCAUAAUGUAGCAUGAUAACUAGCCUGUGUUAAUAGUGGCAAACGCCGUCUCACUUCAUUUAUUCUGAACAAAUGUGAGACGUCGAAAAACAUGUUUUCAUACUUCAUGGCCUUUUCUUUUGAACCACUCUAGAAUUUUUUUGCCUUUCCUCGCCAUUGUUCUCAGGCUUGGUUGUGAGAGCGUGUAGGCUGACAUGCAAUAAAAACACGAUUUCUCAGUGUCACGGUGUGGGAGGGUGAAGCAAUCACAUGCUGUCUUUGAGCAAACAGAAGUGAAUUUCAACACUUUGUCACUGUUACAUUAGCUCUUUAAUGUGGUGUUUGUGAAGCACAUUUAUUUUCUCUCUUUAUUUCUCCUGGUGAACAGCAGCACAUCAGUGAAAGUGUCCUUACUGAAGAUUCUGACCAGAGUUAGAAGGGCUUAAAGAAAAUGUGUGAAGUAUGAUUAAAAAAAAAACAUGGAUCAAAAAUAAAAUAUCAUGCCUCAUAACUGA